UCCUUUUUCCCGCUGUCCCCAAAAACCAGUUACUUCUACAACAAUGGCAUUUGAAAACAAGAGGCAUUUCCCCCUCUCAGUGUUUGCUGCUGGCUGUCUCUGUGCUUGGCUUUGCUGGUUUUCCAUAUGUUGCCCGCUGCUCCAGUCUAACAGUGUGGAUGCUUCCACUGCCAAGCCUCCAUGCAUUAAGGAACACAAUAUGAAAGACUGCUGCUGUCUCCGUACCUGUGAGAAAAUGUGUAAGCCGGUGCCUACAGUCAUCCAGUUUACAUACAAACAUUGUAGCACUUCAGUUAAUGCAUCCAAAUGCAGUGAUCAUUGCAGAAAAAAAGAAAACUUUGAUUACAAAGAACGCCAGUGUUGCUGCUGCCUGGAAGAUAAAACUGAGGCUCAAGUUGGUACUCUUAUUUGCAACAGGGAAACAAUUGACUUCAAGUACAAAAAUGUUCUCUCUUGUGCAUGCAAAGAUUGUGCAAAACCAUAAGAUACUAUUAUUAGUAGAAAAUCAAUAGUCUUUUAUUCUUCAAAUUAUGAUGUGAUUUUGAUCCUUUCUAAUUAUAUAAAGCUGAUUUCAAUAAUGAUCAAACAAAUAAACAAAAAUAAACAUAGGGCCCAGUUUGUUCCGGUAUUCGUAGGAUGCACAGCACAUACUCCUAGGAGCAGCCCACAUGAACAGCUCUCAAGCGAGUUAUUCUGUGGAGCAUAUCCACUCCCAUUCUAUACUGCCUAUAUAGAUACACAUAUGCAACAUGCCCUCAUCUUGUACCAGGAUGCCUAGAUCCAGGGGUGCUGGAACAAUUUGUAUAGUGAGGGUGCUGAGAGCCAUUGAACCAAACUGUAAACCCUGUAUAUAAUGGAAACCACUUCAAGCCAGGGCGUGCGGCUGCACCCCCAGCACUCCUAGCUCCAGCGCCUAUUCCUAGAUCAGCAUGGGGUGUAUCAGGGCUGAGAGCUGGAGUAAUUGCUAUUGUGUAUCAGUUGCAAAGAACUGUUAGUUCUAGGGCCCAGCUAGUGAGUGACACAUGCCAGUCAUUCUGAUUUUUGCUGAGCUGCAUGUUUGUGUAUAGCAGUGUUCCUUCAGCUUACACCCUGUGUUUGGCAGGGUCCUUUAUGGUAUAAAGGCCACCCGCUCCACUGUGCCCAUACCAAAGUGCCAGCACUGAUGGUUGGCACAGAGGAUGCUAGCAGGCAUUAUUCAACACUCAGGUCCAUGCUAAUGACUGAUUGGGGGAGGCAAAAUUUACAUGGAGGGGUGCACGGGAAAUUAACCACUCCUACCAUCUGCUACCAUCACACAAGCAUCCCAGGCCCCUCCCAGAGCUACUCUAUACAGGGAACUUCUGUGCAGUGACUGAGGUAUUGAUCCUACAGGUGGUUAAGAGUUGCAGGAUUGGGCCAUGAAUGAGGAAUAUUGUGUUUUUCCCAACAUAGACAACAGAAACACACCCGUUCUGUUUUUCACCAUGGUACUGCACGGGGCCCUUAGGCUAUGUCUCCUCUGCAAGGGGUGUGUGAUUGGGACACACGUACACUUACCUGAGCUAGCUGUGUUCUAGCGAGCACUAGAAUCAAUAGCAGUGAAGCCUCAGCAGCACAGGCCUCAGCGUAGACUAACUGCCUGAGUAAGUACCCAGCAUCCCAGGUGGGCUUCUACAGCUCAUGCUGAAGUCUCUGCUGUGGUGGCUUCCCUGCUAUUGGUACUCACAUUAACUAGCGCAAAGCCAGCUCGGGUAUGUCUACAUGUGCUGCACUCACACCUCUGACUGCAGCGUAGACAUAUCCCAAGUCAUGAUUUCAUUUCAAAACAGAUGAAUAUCACACAUUUCUCUCUCAUCAUUAGC